AUGUCUUCAUCUACUACCAGAAGUCGUCAAACAGCAAUGCCAAAGUCGUGGAUUUUAAUGGUAACCCUGCUCUUGGAUACUCAUGUUUCGAGUUUGCAGACACAACGACUGUUCUAUGAUGCGACGAGAACAUGCAGAUCACCAACAACAACGAUGUCAACUUCAUACUUUACGCCAAGCGUAAAAUCACCCCUGCCCCCCCAAUGUGGUCGAAACAGGAAAAAUCUAAUACGGCAUGCCAUAAUAUAUGGAGACGAUGGUGAAUAUCAGACUGAAGAAGAAUUUGAUGCAAGUGAGUUGCUUGCGGAGCAAGAUCUCAAGCAAUCCGUAUCCGAUCGUAUAUAUUCCGAAUUUCCUCCAGCAGUCUUGAUCAAUAUCGCUUGCGCUCAGGCUGCACCUCCCCACAAUCAUUUAAUGCCCAAAGAUUGUCUUUCGGCCGAAUUGGUAGCGGUCAAUACGCGAGGAGCUCAGAUUGCUGUUUCGACCUUGGCAUCCGCUGGUGGAGAAGGAGAUGGCCACUGUGUUCAACUAUUGAUUCCGAUUCAAUUUUCGGCUACUAAAUCGGAACUUUCACCACCACCAUCAACUGAAGCAUCUCUCACGCUAGACUACAUUGUGCAACAGUUUCAACACUUGGAAAGUGAUUCCAUUAAAACCAUCGCCAAGAAAGAAUGGGAAGAUGAUAACGCCGAUCAGUUCGCCGCCCAAGAAAAGAUACUCUUUGAACUGCAGAAUGAAGCAACCUUGACCGAGGAGCUCUUGCCCGAUUGGUGGACCUUCUGCGAAUUGAACAAGGGACUGGAAGAAGAGGCUGAUAACAUGAAAGAAUUGUUGAACGAAGACGAUUUUGCCACAGACCUGAACGUACUCUUUCAAACCAACUAUCAUCAUGACAGUGACAGUCCUACUAUUCAACCCAUCAAGACUUGCGUCACCUCGAUUGGCCCGUCGGGAGUCUACCUUCGCUCCUAUGUCGAGCGGCAAGAGGAAGUGGAUGACAAAUACUUUGUCGCCAAACUCUCAGUCCCCUUUCCGGAGAAGACAUCUUCGCGGGAUGACCUUCGAUUGAGUAUAUUGAAAAUGAUCGAAAAUGCAGCAGAGCAAGUUGUGGCACGAGGGGAAGAAGAGGAACUGCUAUUGGUGGAGACAGCGUCUGCAACAAUAGUACAAGGAGUUUCGAGCAAGAAGGCAUACGUUUUCCAAGAGCAGCUUCUACGAGCUCGAAUCCAAGUAGAUCAGCUGGCGAGCAAGAGACGCCACGCUCAAAAGGAGGAAGCACUACACCGAUCUUUGCUGGCCACAAAAUUAAGCAUCGAACAAAAGCAAGCCAAGUCGCCAGUUGCAACGGAGGAAGGCGUGAAAACAACGCCAUCACCACCACCCUCUAAACAACAACAGCAACAAUCACUGUCUAAGAGUACAGAGAAGGAGUUGGCUGACAAGUAUGCUAGUAUCGAGGAUGUUGGAGAACGAGCAUAUACUAUUCUUAAAGAUCUAAACAUGAUAUGA